AUGAAGUUUCAAAAGAGAAAUAUUCAAUUGGUUUUAAUAUUAUUACUAAUUUUAAAUAAUUGUUUUAUAAAUUCUCAAGUUGAGAAUUCUAAAAAAGAAAAGGUUGAUGUAUCUGCUUUAAUUCAAAGUUAUGGUAGUGAAUUAUUUAAUUAUUUAAAUAAUUGGAAUAAAGUUGAAGAGAAUAAUAAUAAAAAUAAUAAUAAUAAUAAUAAUAAUAAUAAUAAUAAUAAUAAUAAUAAUAAAAAUUCAAAAGUAAAAAAUGAUGACAGUAUAGUUAAUACAUUUUCAAACUAUGGAAAUCAAAUUUUAAAUUAUUUAAAUAUAGGAGAUGGUGGUGAAAAACAAAAACAAAAUCAAAAAGAAAAAGAAAAUCAAAGUGUAUUUUCAAAAUUUUCUAAUAAUGUUCUAGGUUUAUUCAAUUUUGAAAAAACCAAAGAUAAAAAAGAAGAUGAGGGAAUAUUACCAAGCAUUAUUAAAAAUAUUCAAGAUUAUGUUAAAUGGGGAAAAAAUGAAAAUAAUGAAAGUAGUGGUGAUAAAUAUCCAAAUUUUGAAACCCAAUCAUCAAGUUUCAGUCAUUCACCAUAUGGUGAUAUCUUUGGAAUAAAUAUUAAUGAUAUUAUUGCUUCACCAUUAUUGAAUGAAAUAUCUGAUUCAAGUUUAAACUAUUUAAAACAACAAUUUGGACUUAGUAAUCAAAUCAUUCAACUUUUAAUUCAAUUUAGAAAUACAAUCAUUUUUGCAAUCACAUUUAUAAUUUUCUUAUUUACUUACUUAAUAAUCUAUUAUUUAGCAUCUAUUGGUAAUUCUAUAGUUAUCUCUUUUAUUAUUGGAGUUCUAACAGUAUUCCUCUGGGUAAUAAUCACUUUAUUAUUUACCAUAGUUAUUGGAUAUAAGAAGAAUGGAGAAAAAACUCUUGAGUUAUAA